GAAGACAACAACAGAUCACUACCUCCAUCCCCGUCCGUCUCCAGCACGGCCCGCCAAUGGCCACCACCACCACCACCACCACCACUACCCUCCCUCCUCGAAACCCUAACCCUAACCCUAACUCCCCUGCUCCCUCCGAUCAUCCCCUCCUCUCCUCUUCCUCCGCCUCCGACGACGAUGACGACGCCUCUGACGACGUCUCCAAUGGCGAUGCCGACCCUUCCUCCGCUGCCCUCGAGCGCUCCAUCUUCGCCUCCUACCUCCGCACCUCCCCCGACGACGACGACGCCAUUGACGACGACCUCUCCAAGCUCCGCUCCUUCCUCUCCUCCUCCUCCCUCCUCCGCCGCCGCCUCCCUUCCUGCCUCAUCUGCCUCGACCCCCUCCGCCCCUCCCACCCCGUCUGGUCCUGCUCCGCCUCCUGCCACGCCCUCUUCCACCUCCCCUGCAUCCAAUCCUGGGCCCGCCAAUCCCUCCACCUCCGCUCCCCCGACUGGCCUUGCCCUAAGUGCCGAUCCCCCUACCCCAAAACCCUAAUCCCCAAAUCCUACUUCUGCUUCUGCGGCAAGGUCCAAGAUCCCCCCUUGGACCCCUGGAUCCUCCCCCACUCCUGCGGCGAGAUCUGCGGCCGCCCCCUCGCCGGGGAGUGCGGCCACACCUGCUUGCUUCUGUGCCACCCCGGCCCCUGCCCCCCCUGCCCCGUCCUCGCCUCCUCCCAAUGCUUCUGCGGCCGCCGCGCCGACGUCCGCCGCUGCGCCCGCAGGCGCUUCUCCUGUGGCGAGCCCUGUAACAAGCCCCUCCCCUGCGGCUCCCACCGCUGCCCGACGACGUGCCACGAUGGCCCGUGCCUGCCGUGCCGCGUGCGCGGGACCUACAAAUGCGCCUGCGGCGCGGAAGAGCAAGAGCGGAUUUGUGCCGAGCGCGAGUUCCGGUGCGACCGGCCGUGUGGCGGGACGCUCGCAUGCGGGAGGCACGAGUGCGGGCGCGGUUGCCACGCUGGUGCCUGCGGGGCGUGCCCGCUUCAGGGGCGCCGGACGUGCCCGUGCGGGAAGAAGGAGCACCUUGGGCUCAGCUGUGACGCUCAAGUGCCCACGUGUGGGUCCACGUGUGGGAAGAUGCUUGGCUGCGGGAUGCAUAGGUGCCCGGAGAGGUGCCACCGCGGGGCGUGUGUGGAGAAUUGUAGGAUUGUUGUUCUCAAGUCAUGCCGAUGCGGGAGCAUGAAGAAGGAGGUUCCUUGCUAUCAAGAUUUGACUUGUGAAAGGAAGUGUCAGCGAGUACGAGAUUGUGGUCGCCAUGCUUGUAGACGCCGUUGCUGUGGAGGGGAUUGCCCACCUUGUCCAGAGAUUUGUGACAGGAAGCUUAGAUGCAACAACCAUAAAUGUCCUUCCCCAUGUCACAGAGGUGCUUGUUCUCCUUGUCCAUUGAUGGUGUCCAUUUCAUGCUAUUGUGGGGAGACACGCUUUGAGGUUCCAUGUGGGACUGAGAAGAAUCAGAAGCCUCCGAAAUGUUCAAAACGGUGCUUUAUAUCUCGCCUCUGUAGACAUAAGUCUGAAUGCCGGCCCCACAAAUGCCACUAUGGUGCUUGCCCACCUUGCCGAAUGACCUGUGGGGAGGAGCUUCCUUGUGGUCACAAGUGUAGAGAAAGGUGCCAUGGUCCUAUACCUCCUCCUAACCCAGAGUUCACAUUGAAACCAAAGAAAAAGAGAAUAGGAAGGUCCAUUGAAUGUACACCUGGAUCACCAUGUCCACCUUGUCGAGAAAUUGUUCUAGUGUCAUGCUUUGGCCAGCAUAUUGGCGAAGAGCGUCCAUUGGUGUGCUCCACUAAGAAGCCGUUUCCAUGUCAGAACUUAUGUGGCAACCUUCUUCCCUGUGGCAAUCAUUACUGCACAAAAUCAUGCCAUGUUUUGAAGAGUCAGUUGUUUGUUUUAGACCAUAAUGAAAAGCAUGAAAAUUCUCAUCAACAAGAAUCGAUCAUCUUGCCAUUCAAUGCUCAGAGUCCACUUGCUGAGCCCUGUGAAGAAUGCUACCUCCCUUGUCAAAAGGACAGGGAGCCCUCUUGCUCGCAUCCUUGCCCUCUUCGAUGCCAUUCGGAUAACUGCCCUCCUUGCAAAGUCCUUGUAAAAAGAGCAUGCCAUUGUGGUGCCAUGGUGCAUGUUUUCGAGUGUUUGUAUUACAAUAGCAUGAGUGAUGAGGAGCAACAGAGAGUACGAACGUGUAGCGGCCCAUGCCACAGGAAAUUGCCCAACUGCCCACACCUAUGUUCUGAAAUUUGUCAUCCUGGUCAGUGCCCAUCAUCUGAUCGGUGUUUGAAAAAGGUCAAUGUCCGAUGUGCAUGUAAUACUGUGAAAAGGGAGUGGUUAUGCCAAGAUGUCGUUAAAGCAUAUCGAAAUGCUGGUCGCGAUCCAAAGGAUGUAUCUAAGACCCAGUUCGGAGUUGGUCUGCUUCCCUGUGGUGUAGAUUGCAAAAGAAAAGUCAAGGUUGUUGACUCAGAAUUGCAUCUUCGCAAAGCUAAUGAGAUCAAGAGCCCCGUCGUAGAAGCUGCAGACGUGCCGAAACGGAGGAAGAGACGUGAGCGGGUGCAAGAAACAAAGCAGAUUUCAAAGUUUCAGGAAAUCAAGAAAACCAUCUGGAGAUGUCUCUUAGUAAUGCUGUUGUUUAUUGUUGUGGUUUUGAUCGCAUAUUUUGGCUAUAAAGGAAUCUUCUGGCUCUCUGAUCGGAUGAAUGAAAUCGAAGAACAGAGGAUGAGGAAACGAUUGCCGAGAAUUUAAGCGCUGAAUGGCUUGAAAAGAUUAUUUAUUAUUUUCGGGGGUAAAUAGGAAAAAAGUAUUACUUUGUUCGCCAAAGUUUGCUCAUCUCUGGGGAAUCAUAGGAAAAAAAGAAAAAGAAAAAAAAGAGAGAACCUUGUUAGGGUUUCAUUGUUUGUCGUGUGAGUGGAAAAUAUACUGAAUGUUUGAUAUUGGAUAUUUGCAUGGGAUAAUUUCUUGACAAUAAUUAUUGCUAAUUUUUUGUAUCAGUAUGAUAGAAUUCAAAAGAUCGAGAGAAGUGUAGUAAUUGAUGGUUGGACUUAUUUUCAAUGAUUUAAAACUCGAGUCAGACCAACCGGUUCAACCGGUCUCAUCAUUAUCUAGUCUAUAAA